AUGCCGACUUUACAAGGUUCUCUGCCUCCUGAGCUCGCUAACAAUGUGGUUAGGUUGUACCGAGAAUGUCUUCGUAGAGCCAAAUUUAUUGGUAAGAAGCAACACAACACUGAGCUUGUGGUAAGUAUGGUGAGGCAGCAAUUUAAGAAACACAUGAAUGAGUCAGACCCUGAGAAGAUUCAGAAGUUGAAGGAUGAUGCUGCUCGGGGACUCAUCAAUCACAUGUUGUUUGAGUCAGAGAAGCUAGUAGGAGGCAAGGUUAGCCAGAGAUCCUGA